UAUGCCUUCGAAAACUUCUUCUACAAGACCACGCACGGUACCUAUCUGGAGAUGGGAGCGCUCGACGGGGUUGAAUUCAGCAACACUUUGUACCUUCAAGAGGCCCACGGCUGGCAUGGACUCCUAAUUGAGGCGAAUCCCACAUCUUAUGCUGCACUUGUGAAGAACCGUCCUGAUGAUGUGUGUCUUAAUGUGGCUAUAUGUGCAUCUUCUCGGGUGGUGCACUUUGUUGGUUCGGGACCCGCACCCACAACCGGCAUUUAUGAAUUCAUGCCAGCUGCUUUUCUGCAGUAUUGGCACCCCGGUAUAGAU